CCCCCUUGCCUUUCCCUCACCACCAUGUCUGGUCCCUACGUUCUCCUUCAGUUUGGUGCAGACCCAUUUAAUCUCAAGUUUGAAGACUUGGAAGGCCGGCCUGCAUUCACUGUCAAGGAGGUUGAAGAAAACCCCAAUCUUGUGGUGCAGAUAUCUCGGGAAGCCGACUGGAGGCAGCAACAUCCGGACAUCAUGGGUCCCAAUAACUCCUACCUGUACUUUGGCCCUUCGAAAUCCCCAGGUUACCUUGUGUAUGGUAAUGGUCCUACACAAUCCAUGAUGGGUACUAUCAAACAGAAGAAAGAAGGUAGCACAUCUCGCUACUUCCCAGCGCAAAAUGGUAAAGAGUUUAAAUGGAGAGUCAUGCCGCAAAAGAUGGAGUGCAUGGAAGGGCGUAACAUCAUAGCUGUUUGGGAGCUCAGCCAACCGGAGGACAUUUUCACUGCUCGACUGACUAUCAGACACCCCGGACUUGCUACUGUUACCGAACUAUUCACGGCUCUAUCUCUCAAUCGUAUGGCACAAGCUUUGAACUGGAAUCAAUAAUAUUUUUGCCCCAA